AUGGGAGAAGCUGCCAGAGUUCCUGAGCAGGGCAGUCAUUUCUCCGACUCAUGCUCCAGCCACCCACUAUUCACCCCAGAAGAGACUGAGGACAAGGACAAGCUGGGAAUUCGGCGAGCAGCCCUACGCCGGCUGCCAGCAGAGCUGGGAAUUCCCCCUGACCAGAUCUGCCUGAAGGACAUCAUCUUCAUGACUCGAUUUUACCACCACAGCCCAUCAGAUGAGGUCUGGGGGGACCACGAAGUGGCCUACCUCCUAUUGGUGAGGAAGAACCUCACAGUGAAACCUGACCCCCGGGAAGUCAAGAGCUACCACUACAUGAACAAGGAGCAGCUGACCGAGCUCCUGGACAGGGCGGCAAAGGGCCAGGAGCGGGUCACACCCUGGUUCCGUAUCAUUGCUGAGGGCUUCCUGUUCCGUUGGUGGGAACACCUGACGGAUGUGUCCCAGUUUGUGGAGCCUGACACCAUCCACUGGCCGAAGGGCAUGCGCAGCCCCAGCCAGCCACCGAUGGAAGGCUGA